ACAAUUAAAAUACAUUACAAGUAGUAGAUCGUUCUAAUUUAAAAAAAUGAUUGAAUGCCUAGCCCGUGCGUGGUUCUCAGUUAAAAAAACCCCACAAAACAAGAAGUUUUUUUAAGCUUAAAACUACCAUAUCAGAUGUUUGACAUCCAAUAGCCAAUGAUUAAUAAAUCAAUGUGCUCAAGUACUGUCUUUAAACAAAACAAACUUUAACUUUCUUAACUACCAGUAUACAGAUGUCUUCAAAGUCUAGUGCUUCACAGUUCACACUGGGUGACAGUCACACUGCCAUUAACCAGUUGUGGUGUACUGGUUGGAAUGAGAAAACACCCAAUCAGUUGAAUGGAUAUACAGAGGCGGUUUGAUGCAAGCACCUCAGUUGUUGCAUGAAUGCCUCAGCUGCUGUGUCAUUUUGUGCAUAAAUCAAGAACUGCUUCGUUUCUCUCUGCUUUUCACUGCAUUUACCUGCUGAAUUUCCAUCUACAAGAGUGUAUUGAGCAGCUUAAUGUUCUGCGGUUGUUGGGAAAUAAACUUCUUGGAAUGUUUCCAAACCGUUUGUGCUUGAACCCUGGCCUGAUUGACCAUGUUCGAAAUGCUAACGUCGGUCCACGACAUCCGUCAUUUCUCACUCAAGCCAGCACUUCAGGUCUUGUUCCCAAGCCACCCACCCACAGUCCAGUGUAUUUUCCCGUUCAGAGUUACGUGCCGUACUCCAUCCCACAUAGUGUUUUGAUGCAGUCUACUCAACAACAUUCCCCAGUGAAACCUGUAACAUCUGCACUUUCUGAUGUAAGGGAAGAUAUUCGUGCGGAUAUCCUGAAGAAAAUUAAUCAUUUCAGCCAGUCGGACUCUCCUCCUGUGGAAAAGUCUGUUUCUCCAAGCAGAGCAUCUCCCAAUUCCAACAGACUUUCUCCAACAGUGCUUUCGAAACCUGCAUCUCCGAGCACGAGCUUAAAACCUGAUGACAAAAUGUACACAUCAAAACUUGGAAAGAGAAGUCAUCAGUCCAGUCCAAAACCAUCUCCGAAGAAGGCAAGAUGGGAAGAAAAUAAAAAGAGACAAAAAAGUCCAAUUCCAGACAACACAUUACCCAGUACACCCACUUGCACAAAGACUGACAAGAUAAGUGAAGCGAUAUGGUGUUACUACGUUCAGCAACGUCAGACAGAGGAGUUGUACCAGAAGAAGAUCCAACUGCGCAAUGCAUUGUAUGCUGUUUUAAAGGGAGUGUUUCCAUAUUGUGGUCUGUAUAUUGUGGGGUCAUCAAUGAGUGGAUUUGGUACGAAGACAUCUGAUAUGGAUCUUUGCCUCAUGUUAUCACCAGCACAGAUUGACCAGAAGAAAGAAGCUACAGAAAUACUAUUUAUGAUUCACAGAGCAAUACGCAAAUGUUCUUUUAUUAAAAGUCCUACUGUCAUACGAGCAAAGGUUCCUAUUAUGAAAUUCUUUGAUCGAAUAAGUGGAGUGGAGUGUGACCUAAAUGUGAACAAUUCAGUUGGAAUUCGAAACACGCAUCUACUCAGGUACUACGCUUCCAUGGACUGGAGAGUGCGGCCAUUGAUGUUGUUUAUCAAACACUGGGCCCGGUUUCACGACAUCAACGAUGCCCGCAAGAUGACCCUGUCGAGUUACUCACUAGCUCUGAUGCUCAUCCAUUAUUUACAAGAUGGCUGCAAGCCUCCUGUUCUACCUUGUUUGCAGAAAGUGUAUCCUGGCCACUUCAACCCGAACACUGACAUCCGUGAUUUGAAGCUGAGUGCACCGUUGUCGAUGCAGAAAAUGAAUAACAGUGAGUCGAUGGGGGACCUCUUUCUAGGAUUCCUCAAGUACUACACACAUGAAUUUGACUAUAAAAAACAAGCCAUCAGUGUUCGAAAGGGCUGCACGUUGCAGCGUCAUCAGAUGAGUUCUCUCGACAAUCCAAACCAGUGGAAGUGUUUUUGCAUUGAAGAGCCGUUUGACUGUUCUAACACUGCCAGAGCUGUUUAUGAUGACUACACUUUCACGAGAAUCUACCGAGUUAUACGCAACAGUUACCAAACGCUUGAUCAGACCAAAGAUGUGGAAGAAAUUCUAAAAUUUCCAUUUUGAUCUGUUAUUCCUGGAUAUAUCAAUAACAUUUGUGACUAUUUUCAUGCCGUGAUAGUGACAGUGCCGAAUCGUUAAACUAAUGUGAAUAUAUGUUUUCUAUUUUUAUAGAAAUCAAACUGUGGACUCCUUUCCCCCACCACUCUUUCUUUCAUCAGCCAAAACUACACUCACUAUACUUGUGCAGCAGCUACAUGGUAUGAUUUAUGAAUACCAGUUUUCUGUUUGUAUAGGAAAACGUUCCCAAGCCCCAAUAAAACUCUCAUUAAUUUCUUGUGAAUUCUGUUAAAUCCUUGACUUUGUUUAUCUAAGAGUUAUCUCCCUUGCGUUUUUUGUUGUAUUGUGUUGCACAUUUGAACCAGUUAGUGCUAUUCUUGGUCGGUUUUGUGUUAGUUACAUUCAUUUUAAAUUUUGUUUUAUAAAGAUUGGCACGGUUAUUUAUUCCCGUCAUGAUGAA